AUGGCGGGCAUUGUCAAUAAGCCUCUGGCCAUCUUCCGCCGCCCCGAGUCCCCCAAACCUCUCCACACUAGGUGGGGGGAUGUGGCUAUAUCGGUGCCUACUGAUGGCUCAUGGAAUCAAUACGACAACCCCCAUCGACCAGCUCCAGAAAGACAAUCCUACGGGCCCGGGUUUGUGCCGGACUACUCCCCCUCGGAUCGAGUCUACAAUACUGCACGCAGCAGCGCUACCAGAGAGAGCAUUCUGAAGAGUGAGGACUCUGAAGAUGACAACAAAAGUACAUCCACGGGUAGAGCCUCAACGGUGUCUAUAUCACGACGAAACUCGCUAUCUCUGGGGGCCUUUCGCCCCCAUAGACUCUCCGUACGUUUGGCCUCUCGCCCCAAGCCCCUGAGAGGCGAAUUACAGCUCGAGAGAGAAAGCCACCAGGCAGAGAAUAAGAUGCCCGAAUUUGCGUACAAACCAAUCCACCAGAACUACCCGACCGAGAUAUCUGAAAAGUCCGAGCGCUCUACCCAUCACUAUCGCUACAUCCCCACAAAUGGACGGUAUCUUGAAGACAUCCCUUCUCCUCGGAGUCCACGGAGCCAGUCAGCCACACCAUUCCACGGCUCUCGCACCCGGCGAGAUUCCUUCAUCGAGUCUCUUGCAAACCGAGAACGCGGUCGCGAACUAGCGAGAGUCCAUUCCCCACAGAACUCACGGCCGGAAGAUGAUUGCCAGAGUGUACGAUCGAGUCUUGCAGAUAGCUCUGACAGCUCUAGCGCUGGCUCUGGCUCCAGGCUGAGCUUUGGUUUGCCGCCGAGACGAAGGUCGUUGUCUUUGAAACCGCUGACUUUGGCUAUGGUACCCGAUCCCGAGGAUCUCUAUGCGUGA